AUGGCCUCUGCCAACAAUCAUCCUGCUGUGGGUGUGUUUUUCACAUCCUUCUUGUCACUAUUUGUUUUAUUAUUGAUGGGAGGUUUUAUUGUUUUAUAUUAUUUCAACAAGACAGUUUGGAUGGGUAACAAACUGCCAACGACCUAUGUGUAUCCUGAUGAAAUUUUGAACUGGUUCCUCUUCGGAGCUAUUACUGUGGGCUGCUGUUGGUUAGCCUCUCUCAUCAUUGUUUACAAGAAUUUAAGAUCGUGUUGCACUUAUAUGAAGAGCGAAAGAGUAUAG